AACACACUUUGUAUACGUGUAACAAUAUGAUUCUAGCAUAGAACUAUAUCGGGGUAUCGGCACUCAUAUCUCGCUUUCAAAUACAACUUCUCACUUGCCCGCCAAUACACUCACCACUAUAUUCUCUGUCUAGGUCUCAAGUUUGAUGCAGUCGGCUCCUCAAGAAGGCCUCGAGGAGCAGCUUGCACGAUUCAGAGACCAAUGGAAGGCAGAACUACAACGAGCUAGGGAACGGCGAGAAACUGGUCACAGUUCUACUGUUCUCCAUGCGCCAGUCACCAACCAGCCUGCACCUUCUGUACCUCGGGUGAAAGAGGUGAUAGAAAUUGUCCCCGUCCCGGUUGCUCAACCUGUCUCUGCGAUCACGCCUUCCACGAGAGCUCGAGUCCCACAGCAGCGUACGUCUGCCAAUGCGCCUCUUGAACUCACGCCCAAGCAACGCGAAGCUGCCGAUGUCUACCAUCAGGCUAUUGCCCUUGAACAAAGUGGUGACCACACUGGAGCUACGGUCCUAUACAGGAAGGCUUUCCGUAUGCAUGACCAUGUCGACUAUGUUUAUCGCACACUGGAGGCACAGCAAGAAGCUAUUGUCAGCACCUCACCUACUACUCACGAGCGCAUACACCCAAAGAAACAUGUGAACGUACACGCACCUACUACCGCCGUACCUCACAGACCCGACGUACACCAUCUGAUCGAAGGUAUCAAAGGCAUGGAAGUGUCAUCUACCCACGCUCGAAGUCGCAAGACUCAAAUUGUCUCCCUAACACCCAUCAUUGCACAAUGGCCCGCCGAAUUGGAGUUCCGCCCGGAAGAUGAGGACGAGCCAAUACCUAUCGCUAACGUUCCGGAUGAAGUGUUGCUUUACAUCAUGCAUAUGCUCGAUGUAACUUCGCUGGAACGGUUUGCUUCGGUUAGUCGAAAGGCGAGGGUGGUUACACUUGAUUCGGGAUUAUGGCGAACAUUCGUCGAGACAUUGUAUAUUCCUCCACAAGUCAGCUAUGAUGAAGAAAUCAAUGACUUAGUCGACAACUAUAUGAACGACUACAGACGGAUAUAUAUCGAACACCCCCGAGUUCGGUUAGAUGGCGUGUAUAUCGCAGUUUGUCACUAUAUUCGAAAUGGAUUAAGCGAGAACGCUUGGGUCAAUGUCAGCCAUUUAAUCACAUAUAACCGCUUCCUCCGCUUUUACCCUGAUGGCCAAGUCCUUUCGUUACUUGCGAAUGAAGAGGUUUCGCCGCAAUAUAUAAUACCGCUCCUCCAGCCUUCACUCAGACAGAAGGGCUUCUUCAUCGGACAAUGGCGCCUUGAGGGUACAACAAUCUACAUUACGUCUCUAACGGACCCGACCGGCCUCACAUCCGCUGCGUCUCGAUACACAUUCGAAAUGACAUUGGAGUUGCGAUCGCGCCCGACCAUGGGAAGAUGGAACAGGUUAGAUAUGAAGGCAUAUGCUUCGGUUAAGGUGGACACCGGGGAAUCAACGCCUGUGGCUUUAAAGAAUGAUAGACCAUUCUGGUUCUCGAAGGUCAAGAGCUAUGGGUGACGUUAUGGGGAGAUCUAGGAACAUAAAUCCAGGAGUCUAAGAAUAUGGAUCAUGAUAUCAGACGGUCGUCCCGAUUCGAGAAGGCUUCGGAUCGCAGUCGGACGUAUGCAAUAAUUCUUAGAAGUGGUAUGACUUGUAGUACGAUUCUUGCAAUUCCUUCGUGAAUUAUGAUGAGCUCACUACGAC